AUGUCUUCGAGAAUUGCUGUGGAAACACCUCCUACUAAAGAAGUCAACCUAAACUGGGGUCAGAGCGACUCUACCUUCAAGCUCACAGACAACCCUCUUCCAGCUUUGAAAGAUGGUGACAUUCGUGUCAAGAUCAUCUACUUGUCGAACGACCCGACUCAGAGAACAUGGAUAGCGGCCAACCAGGAUGCUUCCAGAGCUUACUUCAAGCCCAUAGAGAAGGGUGAAACUGUGGCUGCUCGCGGAAUCGGAAAGGUCUUGGAAUCCAAGCUGUCGAAUUAUAAAGUGGGUGAUUAUGUGCUGGGGCAGUUUGGCUGGGCUGAUGAGUACGUGGUACCUGAGCUGGCUGUCAGCUUGAAAAUUGACCCUGCUGCUGGGCUCCCCUUGCCUACGUAUCUUGCAACGUUAGGCAGCAUUGGCUUGACUGCUUACUUCGGUUUGACAGAGGUGGGCAAGUUGAAGAAAGGUCAAUCCAUCUUGAUUUCUGCUGCUAGUGGUGCUACAGGCUCUACUGCUGUGCAAUUGGCCAAGCACGUUUUUGGUGCCAGCAAAGUGUACGGCAUUGCAGGCAGCGACGAGAAGUGCCGUUGGGUCGAGCUGAUCGGUGCAGACAAAUGCGUGAACUAUAAGAACCCUUCGUGGAAGGAGGAGCUCGAGAAGGAGUUCGAGACUGUCGAUGUGUAUUUUGACAAUGUUGGAGGUGAGAUUCUCAGCUGGGCACUCAAGCAUGUUGUAAGAUUUGGACGUGUGAUUGCGUGCGGUGCUAUCUCUGGCUACAAUGAUCGCUCGUUGGCCACUGUAAAAACCUGGGGUCAGAUCACUUCUAACAGAUUGACCAUCGAAGGAUUUAUCGUGAUAGAUUUCAAGGACAAAUUUCCCUAUGCGAUCGGGGAGUUGAUCAAGGCCAUCAAGGAAGGUAAACUCAAGGCGACCGAAGGUGUUGCGUUGAUUGAUUUAUCUAAGGAUGAAAUCCCGUUGAAGGGGGUUCCGCUGACUUGGCACAGACUAUUCACUGACAAACCUCAGGGCAAACUUAUCACCAAGAUUGCCAAUGAGUAG